AUCUUGUCACCACCAGGCAAACCACUUGCCUAACUACUUGCCUACGACAAGCCCAUCUCGUUCUGGACCGAAUGAUAUUACGGGGUACUCCGUAUCCAUCCUGCAUUUUCUCUGCAAAUCAUUCCGAAUGGCAUACCCUGUAUCUGUGUCUGCAGUUUGAAGACUUGCAGUAUUUUGACCAGUGCUAACAAUCCCACUUCCGCUUUUGCUUCAACAAGUACAUUCACUUUUGACUUUGACUACAGACAUCCAACAUCUCACAUUCUUCCUUUUGUUUUUACCUUGAGAACAGACUGAUCCGACAGACAAGAAAGACUCCUUUGAACAAUGUCCUUCAGUGGACGCACUCCUGAAUCUCUACUCCCUCGAUCUGACUCGAAGAACCCCGCCACGACAUGCAGAGGCAUAACAUCCACAGGUCGGCCGUGUCGAAGAGCCCUGGCUGCAUCCCCAAAGACUUCCCCGGCACCGUCACCGACGAGAAGUGCCGGUGUCCUCGCCGUGUUGGAGGAACAGAAUGCAGCCGCAUUCUACUGCUGGCAACACAAAGAUCAAGCUGAACGAUUAUUAGCCUCCGCCAAACAACACAAAACGACCCUACAUCCACUCAAGGAGAAGUCGAGUAUUGACACCUUGGUUGAGAGAGUUGGAGUGUUAGAUUUGGACGAAAGUGUACUGGAUCAACGCAAAAGGCAUCGUCGACGACACGAGUCAACCAAGCACAAUGUUGGCGGCCCAAUGACGACAACGAGACGUGAGACUCUCCCGGCUGGAUGGACAGAUAUGCAGAGUCCAAUUAUGAAAGUACCUGAGAACAUGUCAUACCAAAAAAUUCACCAUAGACCGACACCGCCGCCGCCGCCGAGAUCGAACGUAAAACUAUCAUGGGCAUGUUGUAUCCAGACUGCGGACGAUGAUGAUGACUAUCCACCUCCUCGAACGCAUCGACCUCGAGAAAGACAGCCUUCAAGGCCUCACCCAUCGAAUAGUAGCCAUGAUUACGGCUACGCCAGACCAUCUACAAGACCAGAACAAUCUGCACCUGUACCUGCUCGACCGAGUAUGACCCAACGCCCAGAUAGACCACUCCACACCACCACACAGUCUUCACCGUCAGCUACAUUACCGCGCCCACCACUUACUUCGUCGCUUCCAUCCCACAAGACCAACUCGGAAACAAGAGCGUUGUUGUCUCUGAUUCCAUCAACACUCUCUCCACAGACCACAUCACUUUUGCUUACCGAACUUUCCCGACCCAUCUCCCCCGCCGAUGAGACAGGAUACAUUUACAUAUUCUGGCUCACUCCGGCCUCGGAAUCGUCGAAGCCUGACGAUGAGACGGCAUCUUCAUUACUCGACGAUGGCGACGCCGCCGAAGUGUAUACGCGCUCGACACAAGCUCAAGCUCAAGCUCUUCAACGGUACGCUUCCGUCCGCCGGCCCUUGCACGGUCGCGUGCAACGAACCGUGAUGCUCAAGAUCGGACGGGCGGAGAAUGUACACCGUCGUCUGACACAGUGGACGAAGCAGUGUGGUCAAAACAUUACUCUUGUUCGAUAUUACCCUUAUGCCACGACCGCCUCGCCUAACGGAGCCACCAAAUCUCGAUCGUCAGGUCCUGGCGGUGGUGAAGACCCAGGUAAAAAAGUUCCGCAUGUCCAUCGCGUCGAACGUCUGAUUCAUCUCGAACUAGCGGAGAAGAGGGUGGCCAACAAGGCCGAGUGUGAAGCCUGUGGUCGAGUGCAUCAGGAGUGGUUCGAGAUUGAGGCCACGAGGGCAGGAUUAAAGGGUGUGGAUGAGGUUAUUCGACGGUGGGUAGGGUGGGCUCAAAGACAGUGAUGAUGAUGAUCAUUUACGAACAGCAUCCUUACAGAGUAAUUCCUGCUCGCUGUGAUGAGACAAACUUGAAUGACUUGAACGACAGAAGAUGAACAUAUUAUGCAUGACCAUUUUCCAUAAACAAGGAAAUGAAAACAGAGAUACAGUGACAAGAACAUAAAAGACAGAGACAAAUCCAUACGCUAGAUGCAAACAUUUUACAAGCCA